CGUACAGGUGUACACACAUGACAGGCAGGACGGACAGGUAUCGCACUCGACAGUAAAACGGAGGUCACGGCUUCAGAGGUAAACCUAAAGAAGACAUCAGCUCUGAUAUCAGAAUCACAGUAUGCAACUACAAACAUGUCUGAUAGUGUCGGCCGCUCUGCUGGUGGGCGUGGCCUAUUAUGUAUAUUACCCGUUCCCCGCUGACGCCGACCAGCCGUGGAAACAGAUGAUGUCUAUGGUUCCAAUACGUACCAUCAACCACGUGUGUCAUUUUGGGGAAAGGGUUGGCUACUCCUCAUCAGCCCUUUGUAGGAGAUGGUUUUCUCUAUUUCUGAUGUCAAAACAGGAACUGAGUGAUGAAGAUUUAGAGGUAACAGACACAUUGUUUGGAGGUGUCAAAGUGAGACUCUAUAUCCCGAAGGAAUCGAACCCAGAACACACAGGCUUGGUGUACAUUCAUGGAGGCGGGUGGUACCUGGGUAACGUCAACAUAUAUGAUAAGAAGACACGUGACUUUGCCAGGUCUCUGAAGGCGGUCGUCGUAUCAAUUGAUUACAGACUGGCACCGGAACACCCGUUUCCAGUUCCUUUAGAAGACUGCCUUGCUGCCACGAAACAUUUCCUAGGAAACGCCAAGAAGUAUGGAGUCAAUCCGAGGAGAAUAGGGAUCGGAGGUGACAGUGCAGGAGGAAACCUUGCUAUGGCAGUAGCUUUGAAGCUAGCUAAAGAAGGGGAGACAGGGGAGCCAACUCUUCCGCCACUACGUUCUUUAUCACUCGUGUAUCCUGCAUUACAGAUAGUGGACUUCAACCUGCCUUCCUACGUCGAUUACACAGGCGGACCAUUCUUACUAAAUAAACAGCUAAUGGUUUCAGCAUGGCUUACUUACGCCUUCGGCAAUGAGAACCAUCUUACAGAUUUCUUCAAUAACAGACAUAUGUCGCCGGAGUCAAGACUAAACCUGAGACGUUUUGUAAAUAGUUCUUUGCUUCCCGGAGAAUAUAUUGAUAGAAAAGUGAAAGACAGUUCUAGUUUCAACAAACAUCUUGCUGAAGAGGUAGGAGAUACUCUUUCCAACCAGUUUUUGUCGCCAUUGCUAUCUAGUGACGAAGAUUUACGGAAACUUCCGAAAAUGCUUUUGUUUACAUGUCAGUACGAUCCGCUUUUAAGCGAUGGUAUCAUUCUUGUCAAGCGUCUGCAAAACCUUGGAAAUCCCGUUGUGUAUCAACAUUUUACUGGCGUCCAACACGGGUUCUUCUCGUCAAGGUUUGUCAUGACGAAGGGAAAACAGGCAUUAACAGCGUAUAAAGAGUUUUUGAAAAAGGAGCUAUGACAUGCUAUGUGAAAUAACAAAAAAAAAGUAAUUUCUUUUUAACGUAACGGAUGUGAAUCUGGUAUAAGAACAAUAGAGUGAUUGUCAUGUUUAAUUUAAAUCACAAGGGUCAUUCAAAUUCGUUGCAUUAUGACACAAUGCCUCGCAAAUAUUUCAUCUCGGUUAGAAAUUGGAAAGUGCAUAAGAUAUUGAUGUCAUCAUUUGCAAUUAAGUUUCUGAUAGAAGCAAACUCCAUCUCUGUCGAGAUGAAGGUUGGCGAUCGUGUUUAUCGAAAUCCCGUCAGUUUUUGUUUUUCAAAAUAAACAAACAGC